AUGGCAAAGCAACGAACCUACAAGGACUUCACAUUCAUGGCCAACACAAUGUUUCAGACUCUGGGCUAUGAUUUAAUGGACUCACCCAGACCCUGGUGGCAAAAGUUACUCCUUCGCAGCUACUUCCUGUUGUGCAUAGUGAGCAAUUGCUACGAGGCCUGCUUUGUGACCUACAGAAUACUGCAGUGGGAGUCCGUGGCCGGAAGUCCCUCCAAAAUCAUGCGACAGGCUCUGCACUUUUUCUACAUGUUCAGUGCUCAGUUGAAGUUUGUCACCUUCAUGAAAUACCGGAAAGAGUUGCGAUUGCUAAACCAGAAACUGAAGGACUUGUAUCCUUCCAGUGAAAGUGAGUGCCGGGAGUACAAUGUCAAUAGGUUUUAUCUCUCGCGUACCACCCGAUAUGUCCUGUUUUUCUACUACUUUGUGAUAGUCUUUAUGGCCCUGGGUCCUCUCCUGCAGUCGUGCAUUGUGUACCUGAUCCGGUAUGGCAAGGUUGAGUUCCUGUAUCUUCGCAUAUUUCCCACGCAGCUUAGCUUUAACACGGAAAACCCACUGGGCUAUGUGUUGGGCUAUGUCAUAGACUUCACCUACAGUCAGUUUAUUGUUAAUGUCAGUCUGGGCACAGACCUCUGGAUGAUGUGUGUUUCCAGUCAGAUUUCCAUGCAUUUUGCUUAUUUGGCCAAGAUUUUAGGUGAAUAUUGUCCAAGUGAAGAGAAGGAGCAGCUGGACUGCCAGUUCUUGGCCAGCUUGGUGAGGAGACAUCAGGUUAUACUCAGCUUACACAAGGACUUAAAUCGCGUAUUUGGACUUUUAUUGGCCUCCAAUCUUUUCAUAACCGCCAGUCUCCUCUGCUGCAUGGCUUUUUAUACUGUGGUAGAAGGUUUAAAUACGGAAGGCAUCUCCUAUAUGAUGCUCUUUGCCAGUGUGGCAGCCCAGUUCUAUAUGGUCAGUUCCUAUGGACAAAUGUUAAUUGAUUUGAGCGCCAAUAUAGCUUUGGCUGCCUAUGAACACAAGUGGUAUGAAGGCGGCCUGAGAUACAGAAAAGAUCUGGUCUUUGUAAUGGCUAGGGCCCAGCGUCCAACCGAAAUAUCAGCCAAGGGUAUUAUUAUAAUUUCCUUUGAUACCUUCAAGACGUUGAUGUCCAUUACAUACCGAUUCUAUGCGGUCAUACGUCAAAUUGUGGGGAAGUAGGGUAGUCUUGGUACCCUAUCUAUAUUUUAGAAAA